GAAAACAGCCGCAAGCAGCAGCACCCUCACCCGCACCCGCACCACACCACUCGCCACACCUCACCUCCCGCACCACAGCAGCCAGGCAGCCAGACGGCAGACCAGACCCCCAGAACAGAACCCUAGACCGAGACCGAAACCGAGCCCGGGCCCAACAGUUUAGCGACGGCAACGGCAGGUGCCAUUUGAAGUGUGCGGACGGUAGAAUGGUUUUUUUGGAUGCGAACGAAAGCAGCGGCGCUUUCAUUUCCAAUUUUCUAUAAGGGAAAUCCGCGUUUAUAUUGCCCCCCGACGGUGACGGUGACGGGGACGGCGACGGCGACGGCGACGGCAACAGCGAUGAGUGCGUGCGGCGGCAAUGUUCGCGACGGUUCGGGUCUGUAUUCCACCGCCCCCGCUUUCAAAUUCGAUGUCAUGCCAAAGAUAACGACGGCGACGUCGGUAGCGGCAGCGGCAGCGGCGGCAGCAACAGCAGCGACGUCGACUGCAGCGUGGGCAACGGUUAACGUGGAAAAUAAAUUCGAAGCGGCAGAGCCAACGGCUUUUAGUUUUCGAACAGCGGCGGCGGAGCAUACAACGCAUCAACGAUCCGAGCAGAUCGCCAGCCCCAUCAACCACAAAGAAAAAAAAACACCCACAACAAAAGCAACCACAACAAGAGCAGCAGAAGAAAGAGAACCCAGAACUGGAAUUGCAGCAACGAGUGCCAAAGAGAGGCAUAGAAGUAACGAAGAAAACGCAUCCACCGCUCCAUGCGAACAGCGUCUGCAGCGUCUGGCCAGGCACAAGGCUCAACUCCGUGCCGCCUUCUUCAAGGACAUUUGCCAUCAAACAGGAGAGCCCACCAGCAGGAGUCCAACGGAAAGAGCCACUGAAACUGGAGCCAAAACCACACAAGAGGAGAACGCCGGGCGAAAGCAAGGACAAGGGAGACCCAUUCAGCUGUUGAUUCACAAAUUCCAGGCCAUGAUUGUGCAGCAGGAGCAGCAGGUGGAGCGCGAGCGGGAGCUGAAGGCAGCCGCUGCUUUGGGCGGAACGGCCACCAGUGCCGCCAACUCGGAUGAGGGCUGCAAUGUUACCGGGGGCGGGCUGAGUCCCUACAGCAGCGACAACGAGGACACCGGCGCCACAAUGGGCGCCAGCUCGCGCUCCCGGAAGGGCAAGGUGACACGCUGCGCCAGCAGCGACUCUGCCCUGGGCCUGGAAGUGGACGAUGCCCACAUCGAGGUGGUGACGAUUCCACCCCAACGUCGCAUGACCCUGACCGUCACCGAUCUGCCGCUGCGUCCGGCCCUGUUGCCCUUGGCCGAGCCCACCGCCCUGCCGGACUCGUCUCCCCUCACCUCGCCCACCGGUACUGCGGGACUGGUCGGCUCCGUUGGAGUGCCCACCAAGGUGCUGCUGGAGGAGCGACUUGUGGCCGCACUGGCAGCUCCGCCCGGCUCCAGGCGGGAGUCCACCCAAAGCUGCUUCAGCGAGCUGGGAGCCGGGGUGCGCUACGUGCGCACACCCUCGGUGGUGGUGUCUGACUACUCGGACGACAUCACCGCCUGUGGUAUCAGCAUGGAGGAGAUGGAGUACUUUCGGUUGCAACGGGCUCGCGGGCAACGCCGCUGCUCGCUGGAAGCGGGAGCAGCCUCGGCCGGCGGCAUGGGCCCAGGAUGUGCCAAGGACGAAGGCCAGUCGGAUGUCAGUGCCGCGAGCAGCUGCAGCAAUCUGUACUACUGCGGCUCCACGAUCUCCGCUCUCGACGGCGGCGAGUGCAUUGUGAACGGCGUCCGUGUGGCCCUGGCCAGGAAGUCCAGUCGCAGUCACAGCACCAGCGGGGACGAGGACGAGGAUGAGGAGGUAGAGGUGGAGGUGGAGGAGGACGAGCCGGUGAUUGAGGAUCUCGAGCUGGAGGAUGAGGAGGAGGAUAAGCAGCAGCAGCAGCUGCUGGUGCAGGUGCAAGCAGAACAGGAGGAUCAGCAGCAACAGCAGCCACAGCAGCAACAGCCGCAGAGGGAUCGUGUUAGGGAGAGGGCGACAGAGACAGAGGAAGAUUCACAUCGUCUGCUCAGCGAACUGCUGGCUGCCACGCUGCUGAGAGAUGGCACCAAGAAGGCAGAAGUGAAUGAUGCGCUGGAUACCAGAUGAAAGUCUUCUGUAUACGGAUUAGGGCUAAGGAUAUACACAUAUAGGAAUAUAGGAACAAUAUACUAUUAUUAAGACAUACAUACAUACAUAUGUAUGUACAUUCAUAUUUAUUUGCAUUGGCUCAAUGUGGUUUUCAUUUGUCUUGUGGCUUGUAUCUUGAGCCUCACCUCAGUCUCUUGGAGUACAAGCAAAAAACGAAAGCAGGACUGGUGAAGAGCGAAGGAGAUAACCCCUUGGGUGCAUAUUUGUAUGUAUUUAUGUACAUAUGUAUGUACGUACUGUACGUAUGUGUGCGCGAUUGCUUAAAAGGCUGUUAAUUAAUUUGAUUUUUAUCUUAUCACAAAAUGAGGUUCUGUUGCUCGCUCGCUCGAGAAGUUUGAAUUUCUUUU